AUGGAACAAACAACUAAAAUCAUUCAAUUUAAAAAUACACUGGUAAAAGAACGAAAGCGACGAGAUUUUUUUAAUAUAUUCAGUGACAUCCAUCGACCUAACAUUGAAGCUCGUGAUAGUGGUACACUUAUUAUAGGUAAUAGUGAUAUAUAUUCUUCAAUACCACAGGCUACUUGGUUAAAAUUAGCUCGAAAUCAAACAAAUCGACUUGUUGAAGGUGCAACUGAUCUCGUAUUGACUCCAGUAAA